AUGGAUAGUUCAAGGAAAAUUUGGUCCCAGAAGCUUGAUGUUUCGCUUUGGGCUUAUAGGACGACAUUUAAAACUCCCAUUGGGAUGUCGCCUUAUAGAUGGGUAUUUGGAAAGGCUUGUCACUUGCUGGUUAAAUUAGAGCAUUGUGCCAUGAGAAAGUUAAAUAUGGAUGAGAAUGUAGUGGGAAAAAAUAGGCUAAUGCAUUUGAAUGAGCUUGAUGAGUUUGGGAAUGAAGCCUUUGAGAAUGCCAAGAUCUACAAGAAACGCACUAAGGCAUGGCAUGACAAGAACUUGCUUCGUAAAGAGUUUCAACCAGGGCACCAAGUGCUUUUAUUCAAUUCAAGGUUGAGAUUAUUUCCGGGCAAGUUGAAAUCAAGGUGGUCGAGUCCAUACACUGUUGUUAAAGUAUUUCCUUAUGGAUCGGUGGAGGUACAAGGAAAGAACAAUGAAACAUUCAAAGUGAAUAGUCAACGUUUGAAGCCAUACUUGGGUGGUCCUGUUGAUCAAGCCAAGUCAAUUAUCCUCUUGAAAUCCAUCUGA